AUGGAGAGCUCCCAUCAUCGCUUUGGCAUGUUUCCUCCCGCAUUGCCAACAAUCCCCGCAUCAUACCCUCAACCUGUCACACCAGCGAAACGCGAAGAUGACGAUGUUCAAUUCGUGUCUUCCAACCCUGUCAAAAAGAGGCGGAUCGACUGUCAUCAGGACACUCCGCAGUUGAUCGGAAGCUCGCCGCACAUGAGGCCGCCUGCACUAUGUAGCCAUGAGCCACCUAAGCCUGCCAAGCCGACUGCGCAGCCGGAAAGACGGGGGAGCACCGGUAUGGUCGCCCCCACCCCCGCAACUCACAUGCCGGACACAGACCCGAUGCGAGGAUGUUCCGUGCCGACUCCGGAAAGGUCUGGCUAUCAGGAGACAUUUUGGACCGCACCGCGUACCGGCCCGCAGAGCUCCCCGCCCGUGUCACCCAAGACACUCCCAGAGAACAUCUCACUUCCCAUGCUUCGGACUGAUAACGCCCAUGAGUCUGCAAAUGGGCACCUGGAAACCAUGCGUAUCAGUCAUCAGCAACGAGAGAUCAAGGACAUGGUGCCUGCCCACACGGCUCCAUCGCCAGCCGGCGUCACUGAUGCCGGAAAGGCCACGACUGUUAUCAACGCAGUACCAGCGACAGAUGCAAUGAUUGCAUCGCAGCAAACAACCACUCUGGAGCCGACUCCGGGUCACUUUCGUACUGACAAUGAGCCGAAGCAUGCUGCAUCUGCAUCUCCACGCCACCAUACAAACGCCGUGUGUUCGAAGACUACCAUCACUCAAUCCCAACCCCACACUCAUCAUUGUACUUCUUCUUCAAGUCCUGUGGUUUUGGCUACCCAGGUCGGACCUUAUUAUGGUGCAUCCGAGACUCAGGCCGGCUCCUGUCGUGGGCGUCCUGCCUCGGGGGCGAAGGGCCCAUGCCGGCAGUGUAUAGAAGCGAAGAUGAGGCAGCAAGCUGCCAACAUGGCUGCUGCCACGACCCUCCCAUCCGCCCAAAAGGCGCAGUCGCCAAAUCAGACCUCGGUUCCGUCAUCCGCCAUUCAACAGCCAUGGGCUCACCUCCUAGGGGUCAAUCCUUACCAUACUGCGAUGGCUGGAGCUAUGUACGGUCCACUGCUUCAGCAACCUUUGAUGCCCGGGGCCACCGGUCCGUUUGCCGUCACACCGCAGCAGUCGCAUAUGCCCCCUGGAAUUCCUACACACCAGGUAGGAGGCAACAUGUAUCAUUUCGGAUCUGUGUCGCCCAUGCCGCAGACGCAGGCAUAUACCACACAGCAGCCACCAGCGAAACCGAUCAAAGUAGCGACGGGAAACGUGAAGCCACAAACGGCUAGAAUCCUCGACACGCAGCCCACAACGAAACACAUCAUCGUCGACGUCGCCGAGACCUGCUUCAACGUCUUCCCCUUUGCCGAGGUCGCAAAGCGGCACAACCAGCCGGAGCAGAAGGUCAGAGACAUCUUUGCCGCCGUAAUACAGUUGCCCUUGCUCCGCUGUCCCACUGACAAGAGGCGAGCCGGCAAGUUAGGCACCGCUCGGGUCAAGGAGUUCAAUCAGGCGAAGAAGGAGGUCCAGGUACAGCAGGCCGACACGGGGCAGCUGCGACAGGAGUCUCAAAACCAGGCGGCGUACAUGCCGUCUGCCUGGGAUGUUGCGCAGUUCAUGGGCCCGAGCGAUAUGCAGCCCGGCGGGCUUCCGCAGUAUUCGGGGCUGUGGUGA